AUACAAGGCACAAGCAUAAUCAUUGACGAUAGACGUCCUAUAGAAUAUGAAUAAUUCUCAUUCUUUGGUUUAAAACUUUGAAAUAACUUAAUAAAUAAUACUACAAGUGACGUAUGUAUGUGUAAAUUAAUAAAGUGUAUAGAUUAUAAAUUAAUAUUCAAACAUAUUGAGCUAUAAACAUAUUUCAUAUUUUCGUACAAAAUGGGAUUGAUGACAGUUCUGAAGAAAAUGAAACAGAAGGAAAAAGAGAUGAGGAUCUUAAUUUUAGGUUUGGAUAAUGCUGGAAAAACAACUAUAUUAAAAAAAUAUAAUGGAGAGCCAACUAAUACAAUUGAACCAACAUUGGGUUUUAACAUUAAAACAUUAGAUCAUAAAAGUUAUAAACUGAAUGUGUGGGAUGUUGGUGGUCAAAAGUCAUUGCGAUCAUAUUGGCGUAAUUAUUUUGAAAGUACUGAUGGCCUUAUAUGGGUUGUUGACAGUGCUGACAAAAGAAGACUGAGUGAUUGUACUACUGAAUUGCAUAGUUUAAUUGAAGAAGAGAGAUUGGCUGGAGCUACAUUAUUGAUAUUUGCUAAUAAACAAGAUUUACCAGGUGCUUUAUCAUCAGAAGAAAUAAAAGAGGUAUUGCAAUUAGAUCGAAUUAAAACUCACCAUUGGAAAAUAAUACAUUGUAGUGCAUAUACCGGGGAAAACUUGUUGGAAGGCAUUAACUGGAUGGUUAGCGAUAUAUCUGCUAGAAUAUUUACACUUGACUAAAAAUGUCAACUUUUAAAAAUUAAAACUAAAUAUUGUUUGUGUAUACCAAACUGAAUUAUAUCAUUCCUUUAUCAAGUGUUUGUAUUAUUUAUUAACUUAUAAAAUAAUCAUGCAUAAAUAUAAUAUACAAAUAAAUAAUUGUUUUUAAUUUUAAUUUUGUCUUUUAAAAAAAUAAUAUACUAAUUUAUAGUGAGCUUAUUGUGCUUUCAUUAUUUAAUAAAUAUUUAUAUUUUCAUACUAGUUA